AGAACAGCCAUCGUGAGACCGAUGGUCGCGGCACCGCGAAAGAAACUUUGCGAAUUAACUGCUGCAACACGUACGCUUUCAUACUUCAAGACAGUUUGGACCAUCGGCAGGUAUAUGUCUUUUGAUGAUGUGCUGAAUGCGUCCCUAGCGGUGACGAGAACGUAGAACUACGAAAAGCACACGUUUCAGAUUCCGACAUUUGCACACACGACUGGUCGCGCGCAGGAUGUCCUGUCCCUCAUCGCUGAAAAGCGCAGGCGAAAUAUUUGGCAUAGAUGAGGAACCGGUCGAUCUGCCACCAGGUUACUACAUCUACACGGCCCUGAUGAUUGGGCUCGUGAUAGGCAUCCCGCUCUUGUACCGACAGCUUUGGUUAGUAGCGUGGUCAUUAUUUCGACACUUCCGCAAGCCACCACAUCUUCGAGGAGGGCCUGAGGGCUGUCGUCCAGUCGGCAGACCCGGCCACAGGAAUCUCAGCAAGGACGUCAAUCAGAGUCCGCGCGGUCGUGGAUCUGCUGCUGCAUCUAGCAAUGGUCAGGUCAAGCCGUCCUCGGGUGCGGUUAGGGCGCUCUUCGUGUAUCCUAUCAAAAGCUGCUAUCCGGUCGAAGUGGACGAGGCCAAAAUCACUCCGAUGGGAUUCGAGCACGAUCGGCAGUUUUGCUUUGCGACCUGGCAUGAGCCUUCUUCGACGGGAGGCAGUGCAAAAAGCGAUGCGCCCAAGAAAGGCUCCUCGGCCUACUGGGAUAGCACGCCGCACUGGGAGUUUAUGACCCAGCGGCAAAACCCGUCGCUCACUCACCUGAGGACUCAAUUGUGGCUACCUGAUGAGAAGCUUCCUGAUUACGACGAAGAGUCGGAGGUUGUGAAAAGCGGCGGCGUGCUGCAGGUGUCCUUUGAAUACUCACCGCCCAUGACGACUGUCCGAAACAUUUGGUCUGUCCUCCACGCAAAGUUAAGCACCCUCGAUCUCUCUGCCAAACCUGUGUGGAAAUUUGAGGUCCCGCUCAACCCUUCCGCUGAGCAAAUCCGCGAGCGUAGGUACGGCACGGAUAGGGUCCGCAUAUGGAGAGAUGAGCCGAGCGGUAUCAACAUGACUUCGGAGAUUCCAAAGUAUGUGCUGCAAAAUCUGCGGGCGCUUCUAUUCGACGACAUCAAACGGAACGCGCCUCACAAGCUCACGCGGAUGAAGAGCUUGCCCGAGCUACGGCUCUAUCGCGUUGACAGGAGCAAGGACCGCGAGCUGUACAAAUGCGCCCCGAAAGAGGAGCAGCUUGGCUACCAAUCGAUUAUCGGCUAUCAGGAUUCGUACCCUAUACACCUGCAGAACAUGGCCACCGUCGCGGACGUGGACAAGCAGCUGCAGGACGCCAAGGCGUUCACGCCGGACGCACGGCGCUACCGCGCCAACAUCUACGUGUCCGGCCCGCCGGCCUACGACGAGGACGACUGGACCCUCGUGUCGAUCGGAGACAGCGACAUCCACGUCUCCUGCCGCACAACCAGGUGCAAGCUGCCCACAAACGACCCGGACCUGGGCGUGCUCGGCUCCGACAACCAGCCGUACGCCUACCUGACAAAGAACCGCGCCAUCGACGAGGGCGCCCCGAACACGGGCUGUCUGGGAAUGAUGGCCGUCCCGGCCAAGGACUCCAUCGGCCGGACGAUCAAAGUCGGCGACGCGCUCAAGGUUCUGAAGAGAGGAAAGCACCGUUUCGUCGCGGAUCCUGAACCGGAGGCCCAAAGGCCGCCGCUUUGAGGCUCGUCAACCCCCGGGCGCUACGACAUUUAGCGCCUCGUGCUCGCGUUGGACUUUUCUGCAUGCGUGACGAAACGUCUCGCGAUGACCCCCAAAUGUGUACAUAUGUAAAACAUGGUCUUGCCCGGGCAAGAUCGUAGCUGACGUCGUCCAAUGUAUCACUGUUCCGGAACCUUAUUCGUUUCUCGGCAGCAUCACGUUCUAUGCAGGCCAAAGUUGGAAAGUGAAAUUAAAAUAGAUGGUCACACACAUAUUUUCAUUUCAAAUUUAC